AUGGGUAAGGUACACGGAUCAUUGGCUCGUGCUGGUAAGGUCAGAGGCCAGACGCCGAAGGUGGCGAAGCAGGACAAGAAGAAGAAACCGCGUGGACGCGCCCACAAGCGUAUGCAGUACAAUCGCCGAUUUGUUACCGCCGACGAAUUUGAAGAUCUCGUGACUUGUGUGCGGUCUCGGUUCCGCCAUAAGCGCAGGAAGCCCUUCCUGAGGGAUAGGCCUGAACUAGGCCGAAAAUUGCUCACGAAGUUCUUCAAAGGUGGCCCACUCUACAGCUGUUCUACGCCGUCGCUCUCCUAUUCUACGAGGCUGUCAAAAUUGGUGGCCACGAUGGGCGAAGUACGCUGCAAGUUGCUUUAG